AAAAGAGAAAAAAAAUAGUUUUGAGUUUGAACUUUGGUGAAGACUGCAAUGAGUAAAAUCUUCAAACAGUAUGUAGGCAGUAAACGCUCUUCACAUACAUACAAACUACAUAUGUGUUCAAGCAGUAGAAGAUACGGAUUGAAUAAAGUACUCAAUUGUACAGUACAGGAGAGGACAGUCGAGAGAUUGAAGCGGCGAAGUUCUUGGAAACUCUGCGACUAUCCAGUUAUCUUCACUUCAAAGAAUAAUCUCUGCUGGGCGCUGCUUCACCAGCUCAAUCAUUCAGGCAUACAACUAAUGGUGAAGCUGAAACAGAGACACAUCCGUUCUGCACCAGGCAAGAAGCGGCAAAAUCAACGUUCCACUGAGACUGAUCCACCUGAUGACGAAGAUUGGAUGGUGGUCAAGAAGCAGAGAAUCACUAUUUUAAUCCCACCAUUGCCUAAUAAGGUGCACACGACGACACCUAAUGUACGAGAAAGCCAGGUACAAGAAAAGCCAAGAAAUACCAAUUCCCAGUCUCCCAAAAAGACCAACUCCGAGUUACAAUAUCCAUCUCGAGCAUCUGCCUCAAAGCAAUCAGUUCAUGAAACAGAGAAAUCCAUUUCAUUGCCUCAAGAACAAGCUAUUCAUCAUCCUGUAACAGUGCAUCCUUCUGAACCGAAUUUAACACUCCAAAAGCCAUCAAGUUUGUCAUAUAGGAUUGCUUCAGACAAUUCUCCACGUCGUAGUUUCAGAGACAACAUGGGAAUUGGUAAAUGUAGCACACCAAGAGGUCGUAAGCGAAUGAUGAUACAUGCUGAUAGUAGCGCGUUUCUAGAUCCAAGAAUGAGAGCUUCGCAUCUUGAGAAAAAACUAAAGAAGGCGGGAGGAAUGGAGAAUUGGCUCGUCUCUCUUGGGCUUACACGAUUUGUCAAGGUUUUCCAGAGGAGAAGCAUCACCAAGUUUCAGCUGGCAAAUCUUACUAUGAAAAAGCUUAAGGAUAUGGGCACAGAUGCUGUCGGCCCCCGGAGAAAGCUGAUGCAUGCCAUCGACUGUCUCUGUGAACCCCAUUGUUUCCAGCACCAUUGAAUCAUUGCAACUUCAUGUUUCGCCAGCACAUAUUUUCAGUGUAUAGUUUUAAUCAAGGCAAUGCUCAUAUUUGGUGUCAUAUUUGCCGAUACUUUCUUUUAUUUCUUUCCUAAUUACAGAGGGGGGGGGGGGGCAGGGGGGGGG